AUGCCUCGGGGUUCCCGCUGGAGCCUGCGUCUGAGCAAAGAGCUGAACAACCAGAUCGAGAGCUUCAACAGCCCCUCCCUGGAGAAGGUUGGUUCCCAGAGGCAGGGCUGUUCAGACAGGGAGGGGACUCCGGCGACAGCCCGCGUGAGGCCAGGAUUGUGUUUCUAUUAUGCUGCGACUUGCUGUACCGUGAGACCGCCACUCUUCUGUUUCCUGCUGAGCUCAAGGCCAGAAGCUAAUGCACAAAAAUCCACGGGAAAGACGCUCAUAAACAAAAUAUACAGCGCACACCUGGCUUCGUGCAGGACACGCUGA